CUCCCUAUACAAGAUGGCGCUCCCCAUGCGAAAUAUGUAAAUCGAGACGAUCUGUUGCAAUCAGCCAGCUCAUUACAUUUAUCAUGACAUGAUUGUAUCUGAAUACAGAAUUGAAGAACUGUCUGUAUUGAAACCAGUAAAAUGGCUGGUAGAGGACGUGGUCGUGGGAAAACUGUUUCUUUUGAUGUACAAGCUCUUGGGUUCGGUAGAGGAGAGGCACUUCCAGCAGCUAGUCUUCAGCCACCACCAUUGUUCCCGACACAGGAAUUUAAACCUGUUCCUUUGGCUCACAGUGAAGAUUAUGAAUACAUGUUGGCCCUGAAACAGGAAUUCAUAGCUACGCUACACAAAUCACCCUACUACCUUAAGCUUGAUGACAAGAAAAGAGAUAUUGAGAGAUAUUCUGACAAGUACCAGUUGAAUCAGCAAGAUUGUACAGAAUCUUUGAGCCCAGAUUGGAGAAGACUACCAGCUGAGUUAAAGGUUAAAGAACGAAAAGUCAGAAAGGUCAAGUCCUCUGUAAAACCCAACUUUCCACCUCGUAAGAAAUCUGCAACAGGUGUAGGGACAGAUGCAAAUGAAAUUGUGAAAACUUUAGAGACAUUAGAAAAGAAAGAGGAAACAAGUGUAGAAAUGGAGGAAGGUGGCGGUGAGAAGGAUGAAGAUGAAGAAGAAAAAGAGGAAGAUGCAGAAGAAUUGGAAGGUGAAGAAAUGUAUGAUGAGGAUGACUUGGAAGAGGAGACAGAUUAUGCAUUCAGUUAUUUUGACAAUGGCGAAGGUUAUGGUGACGAUGAUGGUGAUGAUGACGAGGGACCAAUCUACUGAUCCAAAGACUCCCUACAAGAGUUACUGUUGAGAAUACAGACUAAGCUGUGUACAAAGCUCUGCAAACUACCAUAUGAGAAAGAUGAUAGGUUACCCAUAUCUACUUUGCCUUGGAUUGUUAUGAGGUCAUAUAAUGUCAAGACUUAGUGGUGAAGAUUUUGAAAAUGUUACCUGCUUGAAGACAAGUGGAUAUAUUAACAUUGUAUGUUUUUUGUUAAACCAGGUUAACUCUGUCUCUGAUAGAAAACAAGGGGUAAUUUUGUGUAUUUAUUAAAAGGCAGAGAUAUUAAACCGAAUAUUUGUCCUGUAUGGUAAAUUAAGACUGAGGAAAUUUAGUGAAGAGUGUUAAGACUGCUGUUUGUGUUAUGGGAUAGUUUUAUGGUGUAUUUUAUUCUAUGAACUUUGAUAUGAAACUGUCUAAUAAGGAAAUGACAAUUUGUGAUGAUUUGAUCAUGUAUGCAAUUAACUGAAUGUUGUCUUGAAUGACAGCAAGGAAAAAAAAACAUGAUGGUCCUCAUACCGGACAUAUUUUUCUGUAAUUCAAUAAUAAAAGUGAAUAUGUUUAUGUGACUGUGGUUGCUGAGACUUUUGGGGAUUAUUUCAUGUGCAGGUAGACAUAGAAAUUUAUGUUGCAAGUAGACAUAGAAAUUUACGUUGCAAGUAGACAUAGAAAUUUACGUUCGUGUUCAUGUGGAAGGCAUAUUUCAUGUGCUGGAAAUUGAGGAAUAGGGUGGUAUGUUACUAUGACUUUGUUACUACUUGCAGUACCCCAGAAACUUUUAGGUAAUGUAAGAACCUUGUACUGCAUUAUGAAUUUUUAUCUUGGAUGACUUAAAGACAUCAAGUUUAUAUUUUAAACUUUAAUGUUUGAGUACAAGUAUAGUGGUUUAUAUACUCAGCAUCAUGUUUAAUUUUUAUGCUUGUUAAAUUUGAACACUUAUGUAUAUAUAGUAUUUUAUGUAGUGUCUUUAAGCCUUACCCUGCUAAAUUUCUAUAAUGAAUUUGUCCAUCUUUCAAUUUGGACAGUACCAUUAACUGUUAAAAGGGGUGCUUACCAAAAAAGAUACUGACUGAUAAGGGAUAAGUGGUUAACUGAAAUAUAGUGGUAGCAAUUGCGUCGCUGUAAACCCAAUGUUUUGAAAAAUAUGAAUUUAUAUAGACUUAAACUUUAGUGGCAGGGAGUUUAGGUGUAUAGUGCCAAUGAAAAAUCAUGAUAUGAAAGGAAUAUUUGCUUAUUUCACUGAAAGAUUGAAAAUUCUCUUGACAUCUGAGCAAUGUUUUGUCUGAUGUUGGGUUGAUGAAAUAAUUGUCAGUCUUUUAUUGGAAUAAACUAAUAUACUGUAAAAUUGUU